ACAUGGCUGCCUCCUAUCCAACAAAGUGCACAACAAUCAUAUUAUAAAGCUGAAAAAGAUAAUAUACAUUUAGUACGGUGUGCAGAAUGAAUUUGUUUAGUUUAAAAACGCGGUUUUACAGGCUAAAAAAUCGCCACUCAAAAGCUGGGGUAACAGACUGUAAACAGACAUCUGUUAUGGUUAUUUCACUCUGACAACAUAGUCAUACUGCACAAUACUAGCAUAAACAUAAACAAUUCUAUGUCUCUACAACGAUGCUGAGUUUUCUUUAUGCCAGGCAAUCGGGGCUUGACGAGCCAGUUCGUCUGAGACGCGCAGAGUCUACAAGAAGGGUGCUGAGUCUGGAGUUGAACCACAACAGAGAUGUUGAUCGUAUUCAUGGCAAUGGAAUUAACACCAUUGACAUUGAGGUUAUUGAUGGAAGAUAUAUGUUGUCAGGUGGAUCUGAUGGCGUUAUUGUGAUCUAUGACUUGGAAAACAACAGCAAGAAGCCUCAAUACACUUGCAAAGCAAUCCACACAGUGGGCAGGUCCAGUCGACAUGUGCAUAAAUUCAGCGUUGAAACAGUGCAGUGGUACCCACAUGACACUGGUAUGUUUGUAUCCAGUUCAUUCGACAAAACCAUGAAAGUCUGGGACACAGAAACUCUAAAGCCAGCUGAGGAGUUCCAGUUUGGUGGCAAUGUCUACUGUCAUCACAUGUCUCCUAUAGCCAGGAAGCACAGUCUUGUAGCAGUUGGUACCAAAGACCCCAAAGUGCAGCUUUGUGAUCUAAAGUCUGGGUCGCGCAUCCACAUCCUUCAGGGUCACAGGGGUGAGAUCCUCUCAGUGAGAUGGUCUCCACGAUACGAGCACAUCCUGGCCACCGCCAGCACUGACAGUAGGGUUCGUGUCUGGGAUGUGAGGAGAGCCUCAGGGAGUCUUUUUACUUUGGACCAGCACAACGGGGACAAAUCCAAGGCCUCAUCCGAAGCAGUGAACACAGCACACAAUGGGCGAGUGAAUGGAUUGUGCUUCACAGCUGAUGGACUUCAUCUCCUCACUACUGGGACAGAUGAUCGUAUGCGCCUAUGGAACAGUGCCACAGGGGAAAACACAUUAGUGAACUAUGGGAAGGUCGUGAACGAGAGUCGCAAAGGCCUGAAGUUUACCGUAUCGAGGGGCUGCAGUCCAGAGUUUGUGUUUGUGCCGUGUGGCAGUUCGGUAGCGGUGUAUGGGCUUCACUCAGGAGAGCUGAUCACUAUGUUGAGAGGACAUUAUAAUAAUGUUGACUGCUGUGAGUUCCACCCAGACUAUCAGGAGCUGUACAGUGGAGGUAAAGACUGUAACAUCCUGGCCUGGGUUCCAGUGCUGAGACAGCCUGACAUUGAGGAUGAUGAAACCAACUCUAAAAGGAGUGAUGCACAAGCUGCAAUCAAUCCUGCUUUUGAAGAUGCCUGGAGCAGCGAUGAAGACUGACAAAGCAAGGAAACCAUCACUCUGUUUUUUAAUAUCCAAAUAAACCACUAUAUACAUGCCCUCAGAUGUCAAAGUGCUCUUACUGCAUCCAUUAUUGCAUUGAUGGGUGCAAAUAAAGUCACUGUACACAAAAGUAGACUCAUGGGUGUCCUGUACUUUCAUUGGUUGUCACCUACUCAUUUGCCUGUGUAUUUAAAAUUUGACAUCACCUUCAGCUUGUGUCAUGGGCUUCACUUCUACAGGAUUUGCAUUUAACAUAGAUGUGGACUACAAGCUCUCACAUCAACAACAAAUAAAUACCAUGAAUUGGUGUAAAAAUAAAUAAUAAAAACUUUAUGACUAUGCUGAA